AUUCUAACUGCAAUACAGAAAAAAGAGUUAUUCGAUCGGGAUCGAUACUAGUCAAUGACGAAUCUGAUGAGAUCAAUUUCAUUCAAUGGUGAUUGAUCGUUGCAAACUGCAACUAAUUCAGUAGAUAAAAAAAUGGAUUUUUGCUAAAUAUAAUGAAUGAAUAAGAUAGUAGAAGAAAAAAAUUGACACAUGUUCCAGUAAAGAUGCAUAUUUAAUCAACGGAAAAAAAGAAAAAAAGGAGGAAAACAUGAAGAGAAAAUCAGGAAUCUCGAUGAGUGUCGGUGUAUUGUAAUUUGUUUACGAUUACACAGUGAUAAAAAUUUAUAACGAAAAAAAUGGUGUUCGACCCGAUUUGCGAAGAGCAGAGAAAGCAAUUCUUUCGGCAGAACUAUGGAGCUCAUUUACCUGGAUACACGGGUCAUUGUCCUACGCUCAAAUUUCGCGUUGGAAAAAGAUUCGGAGCAAAUACAGAAGAAAUAAUGAAGGAAUUAUUAGAAAAGAAAAUUCUCAAGACUGGACCAUAUAAGCCAAACGGUAGAGAAAAUGAGUUAUCAAGUCCUCAGGUUAAAGAAAUUAAAAGAGAUUGGAACAACGAGGGCAGAUUGUACAAGGCACCUCCGUACAUCCUAGGAUAUACUGGAUAUAUUCCUGGCUUCAAUAGCAUAUAUGGUUUACCUUUUAUGAAAGCCGUGGAAAUCGGUGCCAAAGAAUGGCACGAAACACAAAUGAAACUGAGAGCACAACGUGAUGCAAUGAGGGCUCACGUUGAGCGAACAGAUCCGAGAAAUCUUCUAUCACGAGCAAGAGCAGAUAACGUGGACAUCGAGAUUGAUCACGGUUAUAACAGAAACAGAAAAAGCUUUGAUUAUCAUGUUUCUCCGGAAAGACCACCAAUCGUCGGUUAUACGGGCCACAUUCCAGGAGCGAAAGGGGAAGUCGCGCUUUCUAAGAGAUACGCUCAAGCCGCUAAAAAAGGAUUAGAAGGUGUUCAAAGGGAACGCGAAGAGAGACACCACAAGGCUAAAGACAUGCACGCUGUGCAAAGAGUCCUCGACAAUGCAUAUCUCGAUGAAACAGGACAUACACGUGCAUAAAAUGAUACAGAAACGUUCUUUUACUUAUAACAUACAAAAAGAAAUAAAAAAAUAUAUUUAAAUCUUAGAAAAAAAAGAUAAAAAUUGAAGAAGUAGCUAAAAAGAACAGUUUAUAUUUUUAAACAUCUAUAUAAAAAUCACAAAUUUUUAUAAUGUAGAUAAAAGUUGUGACAUUCGAAACUCACGUUUCGAUUAAUAUAAACAUUUUGUGCCUUGUUCUUCGACAGUAUCACGAGUCGAAAUGUAAAUGUGAGAAAAUAACAGAGUUUUCUUUUAUAUCAUAUUAAUGAAUAAUUGCAAAAUUAUUUAUAUCCAAAUAAAAAAAGUGUUUGAAAAUUGUAAGGAUAGUUUUUAGUGUUUCAAUGUCUCGAGUAAGUAGUAAUGAGAGAUUUUGCUACAUUUUCUACUUUUGGAAAAAAUUUUUGACUAUUCAGAUAUAUAAGAACAAAAAUGGCAUACAGUUAUCAUCAAAAUGAAUAAAAAAUGUACAUAUCUGUGGGAGAUAAUAAGUUCAUUUAUCAAUGUUCGAAAAAUAUAUACCGGUUUAGUAUUUUAACAAAAUAGGUCACCAUAAAAAUAUUUUUUUUUACUAUAUAUCUAUUAUAGAAAUAGAGAUAUUAUCUAUUAUACAUAUUAAAAUGUCUUUAUUAUGAUAUUAAAUCUUUAUUGAAUAUAUAAGAUAGAUCUUUAAACCGUACAAGAGAAGUCCUCCUUUUGGUUAUUCUUCAAAGAGAAAUAUGACAAUCGAGAAAAACUAUUCCUUAACUCUUAACUUAUUGUUUUUACUUAUAUGGCAUCUACAUAGAUUAUUUGUGCCAUAUCUUAAUAUUUAACUUAUGUAAUCACAGAAAUAAAUUUAUCAAUGUACGAAAUUUACAAAGCUAUUUCAAAUGCUUUGAACUUCCAAUAUUUAUUAGCCUUUUGCAUCUUUUGCAUAUAUAUAUAUAUAUAUAUAUAUAUAUAUAUAUAUAUAUAUAUAUAUAUGUAUAUGUAUAUGUAUUUUAUCAUAGUAAUACAUUUAUAGUAAUAUAUUUAUAGAAAAAAAAGUAAAAUUUUUGGAAAUAUUUCUAUUGGAAAUAUCUUCAAAGAAACCAAUAAAGAUUGAUAUGCUAGUUCCAUUUCAGAUAAGAGUAACCUGAAUCAUUCUAAACUUCAGAAUUCGCGAAAUGGAUUAUAGCCAAUAUAUAAACAAUACUUCAAAUCACAUUAAAGAGAAAUUAGUGAAAUUUUAUAUACUAUAACAAUGAUUUGCAUGUGUAAAUAGUAUAACAAUUAAGUCCUAAAGUUCUUUCCUGUUUUAUAGAGUGAUCAGUAGAAAAAUGUAAAAUAAUAUGUAGCCUUCUAAUGGGUACUAAAAAAAAAUAAUUUCAAAAAUACAUAUAUGAAAAAUAAA